AGCAGCUGGGGCAGGGUGUCUUUUCUGUUUGCGUGUUGAGUGUACAACAGCUAUCGCAGUCACACGUUCAAGCGUGUAAUACACAGAACGGGGAGAAGCGCAGAGAUGUUCCUGUCAUGCCUGAGAGGGGUCUUAAGUCGUUAAUGGCUCUGUCAUCACAAAGGAAACAAUCAUUCGGUGAAACUGUCGGCAGAAAAACUAUGUGUCGGUCAGGCACGCUCACCAGAACGAUGGCCUCGCAGGAGCAGGUCUGGCCAGUCCCAAUGAAGGCAAUUGGAGCACAAAACCUUUUGACAAUGCCUGGAGGAGUGACCAAAUCAGGGUAUCUUCAUAAAAAAGGAGGCACCCAGCUGCAGAUCUUGAAAUGGCCAUUAAGAUUUGUGAUUAUUCAUGAGGGAUGUAUUUACUAUUUUAAGAGCAGCACAUCUGCAUCUCCCCAGGGUGCAUUUUCUUUGAAUGGUUACAACAGGGUUAUGCGGGCAGCUGAGGAGACAACAUCAAGCAAUGUGUUUCCUUUCAAGUUAGUUCACAUUAGCAAGAAGCGCAGGACAUGGUUUUUUUCAGCUUCUUCUGAAGAUGAAAGAAAGAAUUGGAUGCUAUCCCUGAGGAGGGAAAUUGAUCACUACCAUGAGAAGAAAGAAACAGUAACAGAAUUCAGUGACUCUGGUUCUGAUGCAGACAGUUUCUAUGGCUCAGUAGAACGCCCCAUUGAUAUCAAGUAUUCUCAUCACUCAGCGGAUAACGAAGAUUAUGACCAGGAGGAGGAAGAUGAGUCUUACUUGCAGCCAGAUAUUUCUGACCUAAUGAAAGAUGAUAUGGUCCUGCCCCCAGCCUACCCACCACCACCAGUUCCUCAUGUCAGAAAAGCUGCCUACUCAGAAUCAAGGGCAAAUUCCUUUGCUGGCAAACCUACUGCACCAGCACCACCACCGCCUCCUAAAAGAAGCUUACCUGAUAUCAAACUAGAGGAUCUCUUAAACGCAAGAGAACCCCAGUCACAGUGCCGAGAUGAACCUAAUCUAAAGAUUCAGUCCUCAAACUGGAGACCAAGUGAACAGCUGCCCCCUGUACCCCCUCUACCUCUUCUCAAAAAGCCUGCGUGUGUCAAAGAAUCUUGCUCAUUGCCUCCAGAGCCUCUGCCUCUAGCUCGAGUUCUAGCUACUCCAGAAGGAUGCGAGAAGCUAAAAACCUUAAACCUUUCACCACGAACUCCUCCUCCACUACCAAGCAGUAAACCCAAGUUUACUGAAAAACCAGUAGAGCUCAAAAUGCCAAGAGAACAUGUUAAACCCGGCCUGUUUGUGCCACCAGUGCUCCCAAAGCCACCUGUGCCAAGCCACCAGCCCCCUGGAAUCAAGCCUAGACCGGAGAAAUCUUCAUGUCCCCAGUUACAGAGAUCACCGCCAGAUGGACAGAGUUUUAGAGGCUUCUCAUUUGAAAAACCAGCACUACCCUCCAAGCCACACCAAGCUGAUGAUGAUUCUGAUGAUGACUAUGAAAAAGUUGGGCUGCCUGCUUCAGUAUUUCUUAAUACUUCUGAAUCCUUCGAAGUUGAAAGGACGUUUAAAGCCAAUAGCCCCCGGGGACAACCGCAAAAUGGAUUGUACUGUAUUAGGAACUCAUCUACUAAGCCUGGAAAGGUAUUGGUUGUAUGGGAUGAAUGUGCAGAAAAAGUGAGAAACUACAGAAUCUUUGAAAAGGAUUGCAAGUUUUACCUGGAUUCAGACAUCAUGUUUUUGAACAUGGGAAGUUUGGUCGAAUACUACAGCAUUCAUGUCUUACCUAGUCACGACAGCCUGAUUCUUCGGUGUCCUUAUGGUUACUCUAAACCAAGGUGACAUGACUGGCAUCAUUCACUGACGCUUAGGACAGAUGGGUUCCCUGCUGCCCUUAAAUUAAAUGUGGACUCCUGCCACUGUUGGACAUCCCAUUGUUUGCACACAGAAACCGAGGCUGUUUCAACCAUUUAUUCUCGCAUGAAUUGUAUAUGGGGUCCAUUUAAUGGACUCUUGGUAAAACCUUACAAUCCAGAUCAGUGGAUUUUAUGGUCUCUUCUUUUAAAAAGAUCUGAACUGGUUAUGCUGUGAAAGCUGUCCGUGAUACCUACACCUUUUAUAAAACUGCUGCUAUUACUAAUCUCCUUGGAAUGUGGAAGAUGGACACGAACAAAGAAGUGGUCUGAAUACAACUGAUGCAGAAAAGGGAAACUUCUGAAAGUAUAUCAGAAUUCACUCGUGACAGGGAAUACUAAUACUCUGACUUGAAGGUGUUACGCCUUAAGUCAGCACUGGUGCUGAACUGAGACUUUCUGUAUUACUUGUAUAGUUGUGUAAAUAAUGAAGACUUCUGUGCAAAUAAUUUGGUUUACUGUAGGUCAAGAUAAUCAGGAAAUGUGGCUUGUGUUGUGUUUGGUGGCUUGGGGUUUUUUUUGGUGGGUGUUUUUUGUUUUGGUUU